ACACAUCCGUCUUGUUUUAAACUUUUCCGAUAACGGAGAAUCUUAAAAUCGAUUUAACUUUUAUCCGUUGUCGUUCCAUUUUUAACCCUACUUUUCACUGUUUACUUUUUCGGUUCAGGUGUUCUGUGGGAUUCUUACUUACUAUUAGUCCCCUUGUAUCAGGUGUUGUGUUUUAAAAUGCAAACUUCUAGACAAGAAUACAUUCGCAAAGUGAAUACAGUUCUUCUUUUAUCGUUAAUCCUUAUUAGAAGAAAACGCCGGGCCAAGCAGCAAAGAAAAAGGCGAUUUUGGGUCAGGGACAUCUUUAAAAAUAGGAAAGUGCAAGGAGACUAUUGGAAUUUGUUGGAAGAAAUGAAAUUAACAGAUAAUGAAAAAUAUAUGAACUAUCUUAGGAUGACAAAUGAUACAUUUCGUCUACUGUUAGGAAUGAUCGAACACAAAUUACAAAAGCACUAUUGUGUUCGAGAACCAAUAUCACCUGGCGAGCGACUUGCAGUUACUUUAAGGUGACAAAUUCAGUUAGUCAACAGUCAUGUAUUUUUUUCUUUUGAUAGCUGGCAUAAAUAGCGGUAUCACCUAUAUUUAAGUUUUAUAAAUAAAGAUGACAUGCUCAAUGCUGGUUCCAUUGAUGGAAAAAAACAUGGAUAACCUUAUUACUUUACAAAGUUCAUUUGCAACUCAUACUUUUAGGUAUCUUGCUACUGGAGACAGUAUGACAUCAAUUUCAUUUUCCUUUCGGAUUGCUCAUUCUACUAUUUCACAAAUUAUAAGGGAAACAUGUGAUGCUAUUUGGGAAUGUUUGCACGAAAAAGUGUUACCAAAACCAGAUGAAGAUACUUGGAGAAAUAUUGCAGAAGGCUUUAGCGAAAAAUGGCAAUUACCACAUUGUGUGGGCGCCAUAGACGGGAAACAUGUUAUAAUUCAAGCACCUCCAAAAUCAGGCUCAACAUACUACAAUUAUAAAGGUUCACACAGUAUUGUACUAAUGGCUUUGUGUGAUGCCAAUUAUAAAUUUAUAAUGGUUGACAUAGGAGCAGAGGGUCGCCAUAGUGAUGGAGGAAUAUUCAAAAAUAGUAAUAUGGGCAGAUUAAUUGCAACAAACAAUCUAAAUUUUCCUCCACCAUGUGCAUUAAUUGACAAUGGUGAUGAAGUUAAUUUUUACAUUUGUGGGGAUGAAGCUUUUCCUUUAUCCACAUGUCUAAUGCGUCCAUAUCCAGGCCGAUUUUUACCUCAGAUUAAAAGGAUUUUUAAUUAUAGGUUGUCUAGAGGAAGAAGGGUUGUAGAAAAUGCUUUCGGUAUAUUGUCAGCAAAAUGGAGAGUUUAUCGAAAACCAAUCAUUGCCCAAGAAGAAACUGUUCGUAGCAUUGUUAAGGCCACUGUUUGUCUUCAUAACUUUUUAAUUGGUGCAGAGAAAAAAUAUGUGUCUCCGACUCUUGUGGAUAGAGAAGAUAUUGAAGGGCAACAAAUUGACGGGGAAUGGCGUAACUAUGCUACCUCGAAUCUUCCCAAUAUCAAAAGAACUAGUACUAAUAUGUAUGGACGGACAGCAGAUAUAAUGAGGAAUAAAUUAGCUACAUUCUUCUGCAAUGAAGGAGCUGUACCAUUUCAAUGGGCAAAAUAA